GUUAUCUAUCUGGUCUGGUCAGUUAAUUAAAGCAAAAAUCUAGUGCAAGUAAAGAAAUAGUCAACGGAAGGUAGUAAUAAGCUUUUGAGGCUCCGAUCAGAUUUGUCUUGUCUCUCAGCAAAUCCCAAAGAGCUCCACCACGUCUCGGGUUGAGCGAGCCAUGAACACCGUUGUUGCUCAGUUGCAGAGACAGUUUCAAGACUACCUCGUUUCUCUUUAUCAACAGGGAUUUCUGGAUAAUCAGUUCACUGAGUUGAGAAAGUUGCAAGAUGAAGGCACUCCUGAUUUUGUAGCUGAGGUUGUCUCUCUCUUCUUUGACGACUGUUCCAAGCUUAUUAAUACCAUGUCUAGAUCUCUGGAGCGACCAGAAAAUGUGGAUUUCAAACAGGUAGAUUCAGGGGUGCAUCAACUCAAGGGUAGUAGCUCAAGUGUUGGUGCAAGGAGGGUAAAAAAUGUGUGUAUAUCUUUCAAGGAAUGUUGUGAUGUUCAGAACCGUGAAGGGUGUUUAAGGUGUCUACAGCAGGUGGAUUAUGAAUAUAAGAUGCUAAAGACCAAACUUCAGGAUCUCUUCAAUCUAGAGCAACGGAUCCUCCAAGCUGGAGGUAUGAUUCCUCAGGUUAAUAUAAGUUAAGACUGAUCGAUGGUCUUCUUGAUUUUGCUGAAGGUCCAAAGGCUUAUAUACAUGAUCAAACCGACACUCCUCGGUAGUAUUUAUUUUUGUUGCUGUAAUGUUCUAUAUUUGAUUGGUGAAGUUCAUCAAGCAUUUCCCAAGUUACACUACUCUUCGCCCAGACAUCCACUCUUGUCUAGACGCUUGAUUGAGCUAUAACCGUAAAAGUCAAGUAUAAGCUUAUAACUAGACAUGUCCAUAUGUUUCUAGCUAGUAGUGAAGAUUUGGUUUAUGUGUGUAUUAAUCAACAAUAAUUGAAUACUGCCCCAUCU